AUGGAAGACUUCCAUGACGAUAUGGGACAAUUUGCCUACUUUGGGCUACAAAAAAGGUGGAAAGGUUGCGUGGAUUUGGAAACUCAUACGAGCAAUAUUAUAGAAUUACUUGUUAGUGGAAAUGGAAUGCCCUUGACUAAGUCGGGCUAUAAGGAUUUGUGGGUAACAUCAGUUAAAGUUUAUUUGCUUCCUGAUAUUUACAAGCCUUUUCCCGUGGCAGUAUCGUAUGGACGCCAUCAACCUUACAGCGCUGAGUCCUAUUUAGAAAAUUUCAUUCAGGAUUUGAACAAUUUGCUGGAAAAUGGAAUCGAGAUUUCUGACAGACACUAUGAAGUACGUCUAAAGUGCUUCAUCUGUGAUACACCAGCGCGAGCAUAUUUUAAAGGCACUGCUGGUCAUACUGGGAGGUAUGCCUGCGAAAGAUGUACGGUUCGAGGAAGAAAAGGAAAUGUCGGCUCUACUGUAUAUCCAACUUUUGAUUCUCAAGAACGGACAGAUGGAUCCUUUAGAGAAAUGCGACAGAGAGAACAUCAUAAGCUGUCAUCCCCUCUGCUCAAUAUCAAUCCACCAAUAAAUAUGAUAUCUUCUUUCGUGCUUGAUUUCAUGCACCACUGUUUGGGAGUUAUGAAAAGUUUAAUGGAAUGGUGGUUUGACGGAGAUUUAAAUGUGCGUUUUAGUGCGAGAAUGUAA